UGGCACCCAGUCAUCAUGCACACAACUGCAUGCAACAGAUAAAAAGCUCCAGUUCUUUUCAUUGGGAAAUUUUAAAUGUGUGGCUCUGACUUUUGAAAGAUUUUGUCUAAAUAUGUUUUAUUGUUCCAGGAAUGAGGGCGUACAUCGUAUUUCUUGGCCUUCUGGCUGCAACAUUGGCCCUGUCUGUAGAAACUAGUCAUCAUGGAGGACAUAGGACUUCCCACAAGGCCAACGAAAAGGAUAUUGUCACUGAGGAGGCCAACAAGGUGCCCAUCUUGCCCACUUUAGUGAGUUUUAAAGCAAGCAGUCUGAAGAAAGAAGAGGAGGAAGCCAGCUCAGAAGACAACGCAGACAAAAAGAGUGCCACAUUUAAUACGGGGAAGGACAAAAGGGUGGCGGUCCUGCUGAGUGGGGAGGAACUGGUAGAUCUUCUCGAGAAGGAAGAGGAAGAAGCAGAGAAACAAGAGCGUGCAGAUGAAGAGGAAACAGAAGCAGAAGCACAGGUAGAAACAACGCAAGUUGAGGGGGUGAAAAACAAAAGCCUGGAAAAUGACAAAGACGAAGUGCCAGAGGUGGAGAUGAGCCCCAAGGAAAAGGAGGAAGAAGAAAAUGUUACUCUGCUGGACGAAUACGAAGGCAGCACAGCGUCCACCAUUGCAGCCGACUACGCUGGCGAUAGCGCAAUUUUUCCCCUUCCAAGGCUACUUCUACAGAAGGUGAAAGCCCACAGAGAUGACGUCAAGCCUGUUACUACAACAACAGGUGGCAAAGAAGAGGUUUUUGAUGAUGUCAUGCAAAACAGAGAAGCAACACAACAUCAGGGAGCAUCAAGUCUCGAUAACACGGCGAAAGGCUCACAGAAUAAAACCACAGCUGAAAUGAGUGAGGAGAAAGAACACUUGGAAGAAGACUCAGCUGGACAGGAUGACAGAGGAGAUGAUCCCAGUAAAAAGGCAAGGAAGCCAAAGAACAAGCAAAGAACAAGAAAGCACUCACCACAACGGGAGGACAAACAAGAUGAACAGAGCCAAGAGGCGUCGCAAGAGACGGAGGGAGGACGCAAUAACAAUAACAGCACGGUGCAAAAGGCAAAGAGGAGACGAGCGGGACAAUGGGGCCCUUUAGUAGGUGUGAAUCCAGUGCAGAUAAGAGCCAAAGUGGAUCUCUACCCGAGUGCCAGGCCCUCUCCUCGCCCUGAAGCCCCUCCUGAUCUGUGCGACAACAUUCGCUGCAAACGUGGAAAGACGUGCAAACUUGAUGCAGACAACAAGCCAAGCUGUGUGUGUCAGGAGCCAUCACUGUGUCCCCCCAGCUUGAACGACUUUGAUCAUGUUUGCGGGACAGACAACAAGACAUACAACACAUCGUGUGAGCUCUUUGCCACUAAAUGCAAGUUGGACGGCACCAAGAGGGGACACAGACUUCAUCUGGACUACACAGGACCAUGCAAAGUGAUACCUCCAUGUGUGGACACCGAGUUAGUCCAGUUCCCACUACGAAUGAGGGACUGGCUGAAAAAUGUGCUGCUGCAGCUUUAUGAACAUGACUCGAUGUCCCCUGGCUACCUCACGUCCAAGCAACGCUUUAGAGUGAAGAAAAUCUUUGAGAACGAGAGGCGUCUUCAUGCUGGCGAUCACUCUGCUGAGCUGCUUGCCCAAGACUUUGAGAAGAACUAUAACAUGUACAUCUACCCAGUUCACUGGCAGUUUGCUCAGCUGGACCAGCACCCCUGUGACAGAUUGUUGUCCCACUCCGAGCUGGCUCCCCUCCGCGUCCCUCUGGUACCCAUGGAGCACUGCACCUCUCGCUUCUUCCAAGAGUGUGAUGCAGACAAGGACAAGCAGGUGUCCUUUACCGAGUGGACUUCCUGUUUCGGCAUCAAAAAUAACGACAUUGAUGUCAACCUUCUUUUCUAAAGCUUCACUUCGUAGCUCGUCAACCGUACCAACAUGUGACAGCUGCUAGCCAUUUGAAUUGUUCUCGUAACAAAUGCAUAAGUGCACAAAUGGAUGAAAAUUUGCCAAACCAGUCCUUUGUUGCCUGUGCUGUUGUUUUCAGACAAACACACAACAUGGUGGCGCUGUUAUUAAACCCCAAUGUUUGACCCCUCCCAUGUCAGACUGACUUAAAAUUUGUCACGCGGCUCAAUGCGCCCUAAAAUAAAACACAGGCUUUAAUUUGAGUGUGUUUUUCCAAAUCACCCUGAAAUUUGGCUCAUUCCUUUAUAUAUAAAUAUAUAAAUAUAUACACUUAUACCUUACUGACAAGAACAUGUCUGUAAAAUUUCAGCAAGAUUGGUCGAAAAACAUGAAACAAACAACAUAAACACCUUUGCAGAGACACGGGCAGGACUAAUUGCCCAUACGUCAUUGACCAUUUGUCUAAUGAUUGUAAAACUUUGAGGAUAUCUGUUUUGCAUGUAUGCUAGCAUGUCUUCCAAAGCAUUUUGAGAACAACCUAUAGAGGGUGCCACAAGUGUAAAAAAACAAAAAUUCUUCCAAGUCAUGUAUGAGUAAUGCCUUUGUGUCCUAAUACUUCUAUGAGCUUUAUUUCUUUUCCUCCAUUUGAUGCCACUGGUAGUACAACGGUACAACGUUUUAGCACUAUGUCUGUUUACUUAUACAUUCAAAGCUGGGUAAACAUUUACACAAGCUAAGUAGUGCUGCACGGUAGAUUGCAGCAGUCUUGAUAAUAAUGAGUGUAAUUGCUGUUGAAUGGAGCGUUUUACGGCAUUAGGAAACUGCAUGCUUACCUUAGUUUGCUGCCUAUAUCAUUAAACGUGUGGAAAGCAUAAUAAGAUUCUAAUAGCAUGUUUUACUUGUGGGUUGAGCCUGCCUUUGAUGAUUACAGCAUGUAAAGUUGAAGGGUUCUGAUUGGCCCAUUCAUCGAGACGAUGACUGUGCCUCUUGCAAUAUAAACAGUGAAAGAAACAAGCUAUUCAUCGUCAGCUGCCACACUGAUAUGGCAUGUCGUGGAUGUUGUGUUUGGCUUUGGUGCUAGAUUGUAGUCUUUAGGGAGCUGCUGCAGACAACAAUGCCAACACUUCUCACAUACUUGUGGUCCAACUUGGUAGACAGCUGCAGACGUUUUCUGCAGGAACUUCCCAACAAGGAGGCCAAACAAGACCAGGCGGACAGCUGGAUCAGGAGGCCCGCGCUGGAGGAGUUGCAAUUUUUUUCUCCAAGUUCCUUUCAGUGGACAAGUUCACCAACUGCAUAAUUCAUCGUCGUCUCUACUUGUUUUGAUGAGAGGAACAAGACAUUUUUAAAUAAAA